GCGAGUGCGAGACGCCAUAGAGAGACACGGUAGCGUGAAGGUGAACACCGCGUUCAACGGCGAAUUUACGUCGGGUGACAAACGCGCCAAUAUAGGCAUACCCUCGCGAAACGCGGAACUCUAUCGAACGUCGGAUGUGCGCGAGUGGUACGAGAAGCAUGUCGUCGAAGCCACGUUGACGAAGUUCGGCGAGUUCGAGGAGCGCGACAGCGGGUGGGCGCUGUCGCGAAUCCUCAAUUUAACGGUAAACGUGAACAAGCACAAUCCGAUGCACGCGGGAUGCUACGUCGAAGUGCCGUGGGAGAUAGCGACGAAACGAGCGGUGGUCAACGUGCGCUCGACGGACAACGCAUGCUUCGCGUGGUCGGUGGUCGCCGCUCUGCACCCCGUGGAAAGACACGCGGAUCGGGAGUCGUCGUAUCCGCAUUACGAAACGGUGCUCGAGUUCGCGGGUAUCGAGUUUCCGAUGACUCUGAAAGACAUUACGAAAUUCGAACGUGCGAACGACGUGUCGAUAAACGUGUACUGUAUCGAGAAGGAGAGGGACGAACUAUCUGUUCUUCCGAUACGAUUGACCGGUCGAAAGAUGGAGAGGCAUGUCAACCUGUUGCACAUGCAGGAUCCACGAGACAGCAGCAUCGGCCACUUCGCGUGGAUAAAAAAUCUGUCCCGCCUCGUGAGCUCUCAACUCAGCAAGAAGCAACACAAGAAAUUCUUCUGCGACCGAUGUCUACAUUACUUCAGCUCGCAGGAACGACUGGAUGCCCACACCGUGGACUGCAACGAGCUGAAUGAGUGUGCGGUAGAGCUACCGAAAGAAGACGCGAAAUGGCUAACGUUCGGCAAACACGGCAACAAGGAACGUGUGCCGUUCGUCGUAUACGCUGACCUGGAGUGCGUUCUGGAAAAGAUGGACCCGAAUCUGCCUGAGUCUCAACACCAUAAGGUACACAGCAUAGCGUGCUAUAUACAUUGCUCGUUCAACGACGCGUUAUCGGGAUAUCGGUGUCGCCGCGAUAAGGACUGCGUCGCGUGGUUCGUCGAGGAACUCAAAGAAUUGGCGCACAAAGUAAAGUCCGCUCUGUCCGUUAACGUUCCGAUGGCAGAAUUGACGCGCGACGAAUGCGAAAGAUAUAACAACGCUACGCACUGUCACAUAUGCGAAAAACCAAGUCAUGUUUAA